UAAAUUGAAAGGAUUUUACUUUUGCCUUGAUGAGUAUUAAAAAAAAAAAAAUCUCACAAAUUUAUAGAAGUCAUACCUUAAGUUUUUCGAUUUUCCUUAUCAAACUGCCAAACACAACAGCCGGAUAGACGGUGGCGAUUUGGUACUCGACUCAGAACUAGCACUACUGCCACCCCAGGGCCAUAUCUGUGGAAUUGGCCAAAGUAUGGAGGCUAGAAUAGAGCCCCAGAAACUUGGCAUCCGUGCACAGCCUCCUGCACUCAUCCUCAUUUAUCGUAAUUCUGAUGGGAGGGAGAGGCAGCGUACAAUGCCAAUCAGGUUUUUGAACAAAUAUGGGACUGUGGAGAAGGUUUUAAAGGAGCUGAAGGAAAGACAUAAAGAACAUUUGGAAAAGGUUCCAGAUCUGAGAAUGGAGAAGAUGCUGAGGAUUUUACAGGAACCCCAAAAGGGUCGAAGCAUAGAUGAGGCUGUGUCUAAUAUAAGUAAAGACUAUGAUCUGGAUCCAAAUCAGGACCUGAAUAAGUUGAAUGAUGAACAGCUGAACAGAAAGAAGAAGAUAAUGGACAACACUUUCCAGAAAAAUCAGUUGAAGCCAGGUGAUCCAGGCUAUGAAUAUGACAAGCAGGUAGACUUGACACUGCAGAGAAGGUAGAAGCUGGCUGGGAUUCUUCUGAAGAGGACUUUUGGUCUUAACACAGGCGUGUAAGUUUUUUGUAGACAAGUAAAUGAGAGAAAAUAAUGAAAUAACUGAAGUUGCUCUUCACUGUAUGAUCUAGGGUGAUACUAUAUAGAAAAUGCUCAAUCUUUAUCCUCUGGAUGACAUGAGGUUCAUUUCAUCACUGACUUGGGCUUGGCUCAGGAUAGUGUUAUUCAUGUUAUUAUGAUGAAUGCAUUCCCUCUUA